AGUCACCUCACAGACGCACACGGGCAACAAAUAUAUAAAAAUACCGCAGCUUUAGCCGGGUCCGUCCUGGCCAUCUCGAUCGCAAACCACUGCUACCGCCUCUCCCUCAACCAGCACAGACAGCGGGGGUUCGAGAACACGCAAUAGGCCCAACAACCCAAUCACAUACACACCUCCACCUCCACGAAGCUUUUGUUUCCGGGAGCCGACGAAAACACGAAACGAAGAGAACCCCCAGAACAGCAGGGCAGAAUGACGUCCAACAAGACCCUCAUCUUCAAGAAGCCCCCGACCGGCUUCCCGGUCGCCGGCGAGCACAUCGCCGUCGAGGACCGGCCGCUGGACCUCGACGCGCCGGCACCGGCCGGCGGCCUGGUGCUGGAGCUGCUCUACGCCUCGUUCGACCCGUACCUGCGGGGGCGGAUGCGGGACGCGCGGGCGGACAAGUCGUACUCGUCGCCCUUUGCGCCGGGGGACCCGAUCGUGAACAGCGCCGUGGCGCGGGUGCGGCAGUCGGGGGCGGCGGGGUUCGCGGCGGGGGACCUGGUGACGGCGUUCGUGCCGAUCGCGGAGUACGCGGUGGUGGGGGACGCGGCGGCGGCGCGGGUGCGGCGGGUCGAGAACCCGCACGGGCUGGACCUGGGCCUGUUCCUGGGCCCGCUGGGCAUGCCGGGGCUGACGGCGUACGCGUCGCUGCGCGAAUUCGGCGCGCUGCGCCGCGGCGAGACCCUCUUCGUCAGCUCCGCCGCCGGCGCCGUCGGCCAGGUCGUCGGCGCCCUCGCCAAGCGCGAGGGCCUCCGCGUCGUCGGCUCCGUCGGCUCCGACGCCAAGCGCGACUACGUCACCCGCGAGCUCGGCUUCGACGCCGCCUUCAACUACCGCACCGAGAGCCCCGCUGCCGCCCUCCCCCGCCUCGCCCCCGACGGCGUCGACGUCUACUUCGAGAACGUCGGCGGCGAGCACCUCGAGGCCGCCAUCGACAACAUGAACGAGCGCGGCCGCAUCCUGGUCUGCGGCAUGAUCUCGGUCUACAACCAGCCGCCGGCGGAGCGCUACGGCAUCAAGAACCUGCACCUGCUGAUCGGCAAGCUGAUCACGAUGCGGGGGUUCCUCGUCGGGCAGGCGGAGCUGGGACCGGCGUACGCGGAGCGCCACCAGCGCGACGUGCAGGCCUGGCUCGCCGACGGCUCCUUCCCCGCGCGCCUGCACGUCACCGACGGCAUCGACCGUGCCGCCGACGGCCUCAUCGGCAUCUUCCACGGCGACAACUUCGGCAAGGCCGUCGUCAAGAUCCGGUAGGCGGGGGCGCCCGGGCGCGCCGCGGCGGGGGCAGGGGGUAGGAAAGCGGCAAGGACGCAAGAGGAGCGCCAAGGAGGAGAGGGAACGAGAGAAGAGAAGGGAAAGAGAAAAGAGAAGGGGAAGAGAAAAGAAG